AUGGCUUUCAAAGGUACCGUCGCUGUGGAGGAGGCGGUGAUUGAUCCAGCAACCACUUGGAUUUUGAGUGAAUCUCAGCAUAUCCUGACCCCAGGGGAUGCAGGAAAAGCCGCUGUGGAGUCCCACAAGCAGCGGUUGCUAGACAUCGACGCACGACUGGCUUCUAUGGACGCUGAGGGUGUUGAGUAUAUGCUACUCUCAUUAACCGCACCUGGGUGCCAGGGAAUCGCAGACCAGAAGCUGUCAGAACAAACUGCCACCGGAUUCAACAACUGGCUUGCUGAGGAGGUUGCCAAGAGACCCUCUCGCUUUGGGGGGAUGGCAGCCGUCUCAAUGCAUGACCCUGUCCAAGCAGCGGGAGAAUUGAAAAGAGCGGUUGAGCAAUUAGGAUUCUUUGGAGGGUUGAUAAACGAUUUCCAGAGCACGAAAACUGGCGAGAAACAGUUGUACUAUGAUACACCAGCCUACGACCCAUUUUGGAAAAUGGCGGAGCAGCUCGACGUGCCAAUUUACUUGCAUCCUCGCUAUCCAGAACUCUCCGAUCUUCAGCCGAACACCAAAUAUGGAUCCCGUCUACACUUAAUUGGAGCAGGGGUUCAAUUCCACUUGGACCUGUCGUUCCACAUCUAUGCCCUCUGCGCGUCUGGUAUUUUUGACCGGUUUCCUCGUUUGAAGGUUGUUGCCGGCCACCUCGGCGAAAAUAUUCCAUUCAACCUCUGGCGAGCCUCGCACUGGUACAACAAGCCCACUAAGAAGGCCACUCGGCCUUCUCUAUACGAUUACAGCUACUACUUCCACAAGAAUAUCUUCAUCACUACAUCGGGUAAUUUUUCGACUCCCGGACUGAAGUUCUGUAUCGAGGAGCUUGGAGUAGACAGAUGUUUGUAUUCGAUAGACACCCCAUAUGAUCAGGUCAAGGAGGCCCAGCAAUGGUGGCGUACUGUGGAAUUGAAAGACAACCACAAGGAAUUGGUUGGCAGAGAGAAUGCGAUUCGUUUGUUCAAGCUGCCGAUUGAGAUCUAA